ACCGGACUGCAGAGUUCUCUCAGCUCUGCCCUCAGCUCGGGGGGCCACCAGAGAUGAUGCUUCAGUCUGACUCUUCAUGAGGUUCCUGCAGGACGGAGCAGAGUUGCAGCUCUGCAGCUGAUGGGCUGCUGCCCUCUCUAUCUUUAUCUUAUUUGUUUGGACUCCAGGGAGAAAUAAAGAACUCGCUGUUGGGAGGUAAAUGAAUGGAGGAGACUCAUGGGGAUUUUCCCAACACUCACACCAAAGGAUCUGGAAACAAAGUUCAGAAUGGACCAAAUUUUGUUUGGCUGAAUAACUGAUCAUCUGUAAAGUCAUUUCACCUGAAGAGAUCACUUUAACAACUUGGACCUUUUUGUGGAUUUUCAUUUGAGGGAAAAAAUACACUCUGUGUUUGGCUCAAGCAUGUCCUCUUUAAAUUUGCUUUAUCAGUGGAUUCUGGCUGUGUUCUUGCUCUGCUUCCCCAUAGCUCUUGAAAAGAGACCGGUUGAUGCACUUAUUAACAGAACGAGGAGGUCUGUGAGCCACACCCAGCUGAUGCACGACAAGAGCCGCUCCAUGCAGGAGUUCAGGCGCCGCAUGUGGCUGCAAGAACUGCUGAAGCAAGUGCACACGGCCGACAAGCCUGCGCCGCCCGUGCAAAGCAAGACCCCGAGCCAGACUUUCAGUGUAAAAACACAACUCCAAAAGCCCUCUGAGGCCACCAAAGACCUGCCCGAGAAGUUCAGCGCCGACGGGGACGGGCCUAACCUCCCCCAGGAGACCAACAAGGUCAUGGCGUUCAAGGACCAGCCCUUGAAAGUUGCCACCAAAAGGAAAAAAAAAGUCAGGCUGGGCCGGCGCCGAGACAGCGAAAAGAAACGGAGGCGAGCGCGGUCUGCCUUCGCGGCGGGGCCAUGAGGUGACCCAGAACCGCGCUCAGAGACUUGCCAGGACCUUUGAUUUGGUGCUGCACUAAGACACUGCUACACACUGACUGACACCUGACAGACUGUUCGUGGCACCAGGGCUGCGCUUGUAUGAUAAUGUUUGUAUGUUCGUUUCCUCAUACUUCCUGAAGUUGACAUCUUCUCGAGUCCAUGUUUAUUUGGAACGUCUACACACCUCUGUAACUUGGAUGUCCUUUCAAACAAAGGUGUUCAUUGUAUUUUCUAACCAGGUGUGCACACACACACACGGAGCACAUGAGGAAGUGUUUAUUUCUGAUGUAUAACAAAAAAAAAAACAAGACAAAAGGAUUGUGAGAUCAUCUUUCUUUUGGCUCUGUUUGUGUUGCUUAUCGUGGACUUGGAGUUAUGACAAACUAAUACAUCUGUUCAAAUGGUUCGGCCAUAAUUUAUUUCACUAUGAAAAUCUAUAUUUAUUUUGUGAAUGUAUUGUGGUGCUGCUGACUGAAUCCCAUUAUGCACUUUAGUUACAUCCUGUAUAUGUUCUGUUGUGGUUGAGUUUUAAUUUAGUGAUUCUCGUUGAUGGUACUACUUUUCUUUUUCACCUCAGAUGCCUCAUGGACUCAUAACUUAUUGGAAACAUCAUCAGACCAAAGUUUUACAUAUUUUUUUUCUUUUGGAAAUAAGCCAAAGUCAGGGGCUUUCAGACUCAAUGUUCUGGACAUGCACUGAGGGAAUGCUGUACAUGUUUCCAGUUAAUCAAACAAUAAAAUGUAUCCAGUAGAUGUAGAUCUAAUUUGA